UUGUCCAGAAGUUCUUUCCUCUGGCUGUGCAAAGUGGUGAUGCCCAAGGCGCAUCACUUGUCAAGAAUCGGAUCAUGAACAACUUUGUUCUCCUGGAAGAACAGCUCAUCAAGAAAUCCCAGCAAAAGAGAAGAACAUCUCCCUCGAACUUUAAAGUCCGCUUCUUUGUUUUAACCAAAACCAGUCUGGCCUAUUUUGAGGACCGCCAUGGGAAAAAGCGCACAUUGAAGGGCUCCAUUGAACUCUCCCGAAUCAAAUGUGUCGACAUCGUGAAAAGUGACAUUAUCAUCCCAUGCCACUAUAAAUACCCAUUUCAGGUCGUACAUGAUAACUACCUCCUGUAUGUGUUUGCUCCAGACUGUGAGAGCCGUCAGCGCUGGGUAUUGACCCUUAAAGAAGAAACAAGGAACAACAACACUUUGGUCUCCAAGUAUCAUCCUAACUUCUGGAUAGACGGCAGGUGGAGGUGCUGCGCCCAACUGGAGAAACAUGCCACAGGCUGUGCUGAGUACGACCCUGUCAAGAAUUCUUCAAAGAAGCCUCUUCCUCCUACUCCUGAAGACAACAGGCGGUCACUCCAGGGACCAGAUGAAACUUUGGUUAUUGCCUUAUAUGACUACCAAACAAACGAUCCACAGGAACUCACGCUUCGCCGCAGUGAAGAAUACUACUUGCUGGAUAGUUCUGAGAUUCACUGGUGGAGAGUUCAGGAUAAGAAUGGGCAUGAAGGAUAUGUACCAAGCAGUUACCUGGUGGAAAAAUCUCCAAAUAACCUGGAAACUUACGAGUGGUACAAUAAGAGCAUCAACCGUGACAAAGCUGAAAAACUUCUAAUGGACACAGGUAAAGAAGGGGCCUUUAUGGUACGAGAUUCCAGGACUCCAGGAACAUACACUGUGUCUGUUUUCACCAAGGCCAUUGUAAGUGAGAACAGCCCCUGUAUAAAGCACUAUCACAUCAAAGAAACAAAUGACAACCCCAAGCGAUAUUAUGUGGCUGAAAAGUAUGUGUUUGAUUCCAUCCCUCUCCUCAUCAAUUACCACCAACACAAUGGAGGAGGCCUGGUCACUCGACUCCGGUAUCCAGUUUCUUCCUGGAGGCAGAAAGCCCCAGUCACAGCAGGGUUGAGAUAUGGGAAAUGGGUGAUUGAUCCCUCAGAGCUCACAUUUGUGCAAGAGAUUGGCAGCGGACAAUUUGGGUUGGUGCAUCUUGGCUACUGGCUCAACAAGGACAAGGUGGCCAUCAAAACCAUUCAGGAAGGAGCUAUGUCUGAAGAGGACUUCAUAGAGGAGGCAGAAGUCAUGAUGAAACUUUCUCACCCCAAACUGGUCCAGCUUUAUGGAGUGUGUCUGGAACAGGCCCCCAUCUGCUUGGUGUUUGAGUUCAUGGAGCAUGGCUGCCUGUCAGAUUACCUGCGCAGCCAGCGGGGGGUCUUUGUGGCGGAGACCCUACUGGGCAUGUGCCUGGACGUGUGUGAGGGCAUGGCCUACCUGGAAGAUGCAUGUGUCAUCCACAGAGACCUGGCUGCCCGAAACUGUCUGGUAGGAGAAAAUCAAGUCAUCAAGGUGUCUGACUUUGGGAUGACAAGGUUUGUCCUGGAUGAUCAGUACACAAGUUCCACAGGCACCAAGUUCCCAGUGAAGUGGGCAUCCCCAGAAGUUUUCUCUUUCAGCCGCUACAGCAGCAAGUCAGAUGUGUGGUCAUUUGGUGUACUGAUGUGGGAAGUCUUCAGUGAAGGAAAAAUCCCAUAUGAAAACAGAAGCAACUCUGAGGUAGUGGAAGACAUCAGUUCUGGAUUUCGGUUAUACAAGCCCCGACUGGCCUCCACAAAUAUCUACCAGAUCAUGAAUCAUUGCUGGAAAGAGAGACCAGAAGACCGGCCAUCCUUCUCCAGUCUGUUGGGUCAACUAGCCGAGAUCGCAGAAUCAGGACUUUAG